AUUGGACGCUAUAAACACGCAAUCAUGCCUCCACGCGGCUUUCAAAACCCAGCUCCCAAAACCGAAUCCGCGCGGGAAGCGGCGAUAUCGUUCUACUGUGAGCUCUGCACUAAAGGCUACUCGCGCAUGCCCGACUAUGAAGCCCAUCUAUCCUCCUACGACCAUGCCCAUAAGCAGCGCCUACGAGACAUGAAGCAGCUAACGCGCGACCCCAUGGCGUCUACGAAAGCUAGAAAGGCAGAGGCGAAAGCGAAUGCAGGCAGUGGCCUUAUCAGUAUAAAGCUAGGCGGGGAUAAUGCAGCUGGUGCGCCUAAGAAGGGGGGAUUCAAGAAGUCAGGGUUUAAGAGCGCGUUUACACCUGCUGAACCAGAGGAGCAGAAGAACGAAGCUGAGGCUGUGCAGAGGGAGGAGGUGGUCACGAAGGAAGUCAAGACCGUGAGGGACGUAACGGAGGAAAGUGAUACGGAUGACGAGGACUAUCAGCACUACGACCCUAGAUUACCAACGGAUUGAAAGGAUUGCAACUGUGAGUUGUGCCGCUGGCCGCUCGGGAUUCCCAAUAAACUGAAAGAGCCUUUGGCUGAGGAUAAAGCCUGUGACCGCAUGACUCUUCGGAGUCACCGGCUGUCGGAUGCAUUACAAACGCAAGCCCACGAUCUAUAUGGCGCAAAUAUUGAUAGAGGGAUGGAGGAUGGCUCAGCUCAUGAAGUUCAAGGUUUUUAGACCAGAGUGCGACUGAGGAGUGUCGGCGACCGGGACUAGCCACCCCCUGCACCCUUGAGACACCAUGAUCGCAUCCCGAGAACUGGAGCAUUAGCAAGCACACGGCGCUAAGUAGCUAGGAAGGCUCCAACCGGGCAGCACAUUAAGCUAAUCGUCCAAAUCGCUCGUGUUUUAUUCCCACGAUAAGCUCCCGAUGGCCCCCAUAUUCCGUCAUAUGUUGUGGUUUUCCUAGGCGUUCUCUCUGUUUGGUAGCUUGGCACAACGCAUGAAGCUUGGAAAGCCUGUUGCAGCAUCCGAUCAGUUACAAACCAACCACAUAAUAUUCGUCGAUCUAUCUCAUCUGACAUAUCCGACGACGCGCGGAGUUUCUGAUCCUGUUGAUUUCCUGUCUGAUGAAGCCUAGGCAACAGCUUGAAGAGUGCUGAAGUUGGUGAUGUAGCAAGGUUAAGAAGAGCCGGCUAAAUAAGCCAACUACCUCCUAACAAUUUGAGCCCCUACUCCGCAGCAAGGCCGCAGGGCACACUACAUACCACACUCAUGUGACUUAUAACAUCAGACUAACUAGUCCCGUAUACACCCC